AUGCCAACAACUGAGGGUACAUUGUUCAUUUUGCUGCUGAUUAGUCUGCAGUGGGCCAGAAAUCACAGUGAUGGUGCAGUGAAUCCCUCGCCUUCAAGAAGCAGGGUAAACAGCACUCCUAUGAAUCCAACUACAUUUAGUGUGGCCUCUGGUAGAACCCCUGCUGUAAUAUUUACAGCAUCUAGCCAUAUCAGUGACAGUCCAAACAAAAGAACUGUGACAGAAAGCAAUUCUCCAAGCAACAGUACCACUCCAACAACAUCUCUUCACAGUUUGUUAUUACCAACAACAUAUCCACUAACUUUUACCACAAAAGAGGUGAAGCAUUCUUUGACAAGCAGCAAUAGAAUAUCCCCUUCAGGGGUGCCCACAACCACUUCUGGAAAUUAUGAAGCCACCACUUACAUCAAAUCAUCUGAAACGGAAUCAAACAGUGUCACCACAGCCACCCACAACAUCAGUUUUACGACCAUGGUUUCCCAUAAUGCAACUCAAAUAAAUGGUAUAGCAUUUCAUCCUACCAAAAAUCUAUCAGAUAUAACAACUAUGUUAUUAACUACUAAGAGUAGUGGUGUUACAACUGAAUUAUGGAUAAGUGCUCCAGCAACAAAUCUUCCUCCCAAAGCAACUGAUGGCUCUACAGAAGCAAGAGAAGCCGCCGAAGCAAACCCUAGUAAUGGAGUAGUAAUCUUCGGAACAAUUGUGGGAGCAAUGUUAGGAUCUACACUGAUUGGCCUGGUUGGGUAUUUUAUCUGUCGAAAGAGAAAACCUGAAUUGUUUGGACAUCAGCGACUUUAUGAUGACACAAGGAAUGAUCCAGUUCUGCGACUAGAUGCUAUACCUGAACCUUUCAGUGCAAACUUUGGAGAUCUAUCCUACUACAAUCCAAUGGCAGCCAAUGAGAAUGCUGCCCAGAACCACAAAGAAACAUCAUACGAUGCAAUUCCAAUGGAUGACAUAUCAUCACAGCCAUCACCAGAAAUGCAUAAAAUCAGAUGUUAGAGUUAAAAACAUGUACAUCCUGUUCUUGCUUCUGGCCCAUAUGACAUUUGAAUGUGUGUAAGAAGUGAUGAUUGCAGGUCAU